AUGAUCAAACGAAAAGCUCCUCGCGCACACACUGUUUGUGAAAUUGUCAAGGCGAGAUGGGGAACUGCAGCUCAUAUUGUGUUUCUAACAUUUUGCUUCAUGACUAACAUUAUUGUGACGGCCAUGCUCCUUCUCGGAGGGUCAGCAGUCGUGAAUGCCCUAACGGGCGUGAACAUUUAUGCUGCAAGUUUCUUAAUACCUCUUGGUGUUAUAGUGUACACAUUAGCUGGAGGCCUAAAGGCCACCUUUUUGGCAAGCUACAUUCAUUCUGUAAUAGUGCAUGCGGUUUUGGUCAUAUUUGUGUACCUAGUGUAUGUUUCGAGCAGUGAACUCGGUAGCCCAAGCACUGUAUACAGACGCCUGCUCGAGGUUGCGAGCAAGGCACAAAACUGUGAAGAUCCAAUUUCACACGCCGGGCAAUCUUGUGGGCCCGUCACAGGUAACCACAAAGGCUCUUAUGCCACGGUGCUCAGUUCCGGAGGCCUUGUCUUUGGCAUAAUCAACAUCGUCGGGAAUUUUGGUACAGUUUUUGUUGACAACGGGUAUUGGGUGAGUGCGAUUGCUGCCAGGCCAUCUUCAACUCAUAAGGGCUAUUUGUUGGGUGGAUUAGUGUGGUUUGCUGUACCAUUUUCUCUUGCAACUUCACUUGGGUUAGGAGCAUUGGCACUUGAUUUGCCGUUAACGGCAGCCGAGGCGAGUCACGGGCUCGUCCCGCCUGCUACAGCAAUUGCCUUGAUGGGUAAGGGAGGAUCUAUACUUCUGCUCACCAUGCUUUUUAUGGCCGUCACGUCCGCGGGCUCCUCCGAGCUAAUCGCCGUCUCAUCCCUAUGCACGUACGAUAUGUACCGCACUUACAUAAAUCCCGGCGCAACCGGGAAACAAAUCCUCAAAGUGUCGAGGGCCGUUGUCCUAACCUUCGGUUGUCUCAUGGGAAUCCUAGCCGUCAUCCUAAACAAAGCCGGUGUGUCCCUCAGUUGGAUGUACUUAGCAAUGGGUGUCUUCAUAGGCUCCGCCGUCAUCCCAAUAGCCUUCUUGCUCCUCUGGACAAAAGCAAAUGCAAAAGGUGCCGUUUUCGGCACGAUCAUCGGUUGCUUGCUCGGGAUCACAACUUGGCUCACGGUCACCAAAGUUGAAUACGGGCGAGUGAAUCUCGACACGACCGGGAGGAACGGGCCCAUGUUGGCCGGAAACUUGGUUUCGAUACUCAGUAGGUGGGUCGGUUCACGGCAUAUGUAG